UUCUUUUACUCCCCCUGUUGACGAUCCUCCUUUGGAGGAGCAAUUAACCCAAGACAGAGACUCCCUCCGCACUCUACCGGUCCAGCCUGAGGUACUUAUCUUCCUUGAUUCUUCACUGCCCCUUGGUCCUAUUCUACCUUCUCCUCCUUUCAAGGUGAAAAACUUUCCUUGUCACAAAAAGGAGGAACUCCUUUUCCAUAAACCUGACCCUAUUAGAGUUGAGGCGAAGCCUAAAGCUUGGCAUCACUUCUGGCCUCGUCACCUAGAGGGCUGGAAUGAACGGGUAGAGUGGAUGACCGUGGUUAAAUCCACUAAAUAGCAUAGAUUAGGAAUUUUCCAUGCUAUCUAACUAAUCGAACGUUUCAUUCCUCCUGACUGUCCUCUUCUCCAGGUGGCCAUGUGUUUUUGGUCUCAUUCCACCAAUGCUUUUCACUUUCCCUAUAGAAUUCUUAGCCCAACCCUAAUGGACAUAGGAGCCCUUCUAGGCUUAACAUCUUUGGGUGAGGAGCUCAAUGGUGCCACCGCUGGCCAUCUUAAUGAUAAUGGCUUGAAAUUUGCUAGGUAUUGCACUUAUCCCAAUUGUGUGACAACGUAUAGAAAAAAGGUUGGCCUUGUCUCCCACUAGGAAUAUGUUGCAAUCCUACUCAUUUGGCUAUGUCGUUUUAUGACUUGUUUGAGAGCGGAGAAGAUCACCAAACCGUCUUGUUUGAGGCUCAAGAAUCCUCAGACUCCCCUGAUGAUGUCCAUACUACUGACGAACUGACCAUACUACCAGCGGGUAGUCUUCCUGAAGAGAAAACUUCCUUGAAAAGGCUUAAGCGAGGUACACGGCCUGCAACCACUCCGACUAAGUCUCCUUCCCUGACAUCGAAACGGUCUCGGACAGUAGUGCUUAUAUCUAACUCUCCGCCCAAGAAAUAUAAAAAAGUCACCAAUCUACCUCUACAUGAUGAUGCUGCUAUUUUCGUAACUUCUGAUGUACUUAAAGGCAAGGGUCAAGUUUCCAAUCAAGUACCUGUUCCCAUUCUGCCUAAGGCUCCGUCUACUCCAACUUCUAAAGACGCCUUCACAUCUCUUCCCAACUUAAGUGGCAUGCUCUCUCGCCUGAAUCUUCUCAGGUCCUCCUGAACUGAUAUUCCUAAGACUACUUCUGAUGCAUCUUCUCAGACCGUAUCUCUCAUUAACUGUGUGAGAGUUUUAUAUGAAUCUUUAGCCAACAUGUCUGCAAGGGAAUUUUGGAGGAGUGGGCAAACUUCUGAUUUGGUCAAACUUUCCCCUGACAUCCUGGCUGACCCCCUUUUUUCGGCGAGGCAGCGUGUUUACGGACAUCUUCUUAAGAAUUUGAGCUCGAUGCUAGGGAGCAUGGUCCCUGAGGCGAUUGAUGUCUUUGACUCAACUGAACAGCUUCUUGCUGCCCACAAAGCUGCUUCUGAAAAGGUGGACAUUGCCCAACCCAAACUGGAGCGUUUGAAGGCUGCCAUCGCUUCCGAGGCCAAGAUCAAAUGUCUGGAGGAAGAAAUCAAGAGUUUACAACAAGAAAAGGAGAGUAAAAGACAGCUGAUGAACUCUAACGCUCAAGAGCUCAAGGAUCUUUUCGAGGAAGUUUCCUAGCCAACUAUAGAUCUACAAGCUUCUGAGUUGCGUGUUGAAACUUGGAGAGAGAUAUGCUUGAAUCUCUCAUCAAUUAUCUCAACUGGACGACCAAUUUCAGGCUUGCUGGUCUCAGGUAGCUGAAUGUCUCAAUUUUAAGGCCUAUGAGCUAGAAGAAUCUAAGGGGGAUGCCCCUUAGUAUGUUUUGAAUAAUUUCCUUUUCUCUCUUCCGUACUCUUUCCUUUUGAUGAUGAACCGUUUAUGGCCUUCCUUUUAAGUAAUGACAUUUUGACCAUUCUACUUUUGUAGUAUUGGUUCUUUA